UGCAUCAUCUGAAUCUUUCGCACUUCCUCUUAUCUCUUGUUUUUUUCCCUCCUUCACGACAAACGUCUUUUCACGAUACUCAAGAUACCCCCAAGAACCUUCCUUCACAAUGUCUGACACUGUCUACCCCGAAGUCCUCUGGGCUCAGAGAUCUUCCGAAUCUGAUGUUUCCAAGAACUUCAUCUACCUCACCAUCUCCGUCCCUGAUGUGUCCAAGGACAACAUUAGCCUCGACCUUCAGCCUACCAAGCUCAACUUCACUGGUACCUCAUCCACUCUCAAGAAGAAGUACCAUGUCGAGCUUGAGCUCUGGGGCGAGAUCGACCCCGCAGAGAGCAAGAUCAACCACACUUCCAAGAACGUUGAAAUAAAGCUACAGAAGAAGGAGCUCAAGGAAGAGUACUGGCCCAGACUACUCAAGGACUCCAAGCGCGUCCACUUCCUCAAGACAGACUUCGACAAGUGGGUCGAUGAGGAUGAGCAGAACGAGGCCCCUGAGGACGACUUCUCUCAGUUCGGCGGCAUGGGUGGUGGCAUGCCUGAUAUGGGUGGCAUGGGCGGCGGCAUGGGUGGUAUGGGCGGCAUGGGUGGUGACUUUGGCGGCAUCGACUUCUCCAAGCUGGGAGGCGGUGCUGGCUUCCCCGGCGCUGAGGGUGAGAUGGACGAGGACGAGGGUGACGACGACAUGCCCGCGCUCGAGGGCGACGACAAGAAGGACGCCGCCCCCGCUGCUGCCGCUACUGAGAAGAAGGAUUAAAUUCAGCAAAUCUGGUUGUUUGACGUUGCCAAGGCGAGCAUUUCUGAACUACAGCACAGGAUCAGGCUGGGUAACUUGGGCGUUGUGCCUAUCAAGGCAGGCUUAUUUCUCGGAUAUGUAGUUUGUGCUACAUUGCCUGUUUCGAUAUGGAAGCAAAAAAAUGGAAAAAUCGUUAAGCCUA